UAAAGAGUGCAAAACUGUUUAAGCAAACUGAUCCUCACAAAGUGCUGACAGCGGUGUCUUAGCAGGAGGGUAAAUGAAACGGAUAGAAAAUAGCGUGAAUUAAACAUAUCAAGUAAUAAAAGCAUUCCUAAGAAAAUACUCAGAUAUCAGAAUAUUUAAGUAUUCCAAUUACCUCAUGAGAUUUAGAUUCCAGUUCUGUGACGUUCUUACGUGCUAAAUUAUUUUGUAGGUUCCUAAUAUCGGAAAUCUUGGGAGGCUUCUUUGAAAACUAACCUCUGUCGGAACAAUGGCAUCAUCUGCUUCACAAAUUUGUGCGUUGCUGCUGGCUCUAGCCGCAUUCACCAUUGUACUUGUUACUACCAUGUCCAACAGAUGGAGAAUUUCCAGCACGGCAACAGUGUUAGUCCCUACGGACUGGAUUUCUGAAGGCCUUUGGAUGGAGUGUCCGGUUACGGCUUUGGGAAAAGUGCAGUGCAAGAAAUUUUCCUACUUGCUGAGUGCAGACACUCAUAUUCAGGCAUGCCGUGCCCUGAUGAUAAUUUCCAUCCUUUUGGGAUUCAUAGCUACAGUGCUCUCGCUGCUCGGUUUAAAAUGCACACACGUUGGGUUGAGUAAUGAAGACAGAAAAGUGAAGUUUGCUGCCACGGGAGGAUUUAUCUUUAUUUUAGGAGGGCUCUGUUCCAUGGUGGCUGUUUCUUGGUAUGCUGCGAUGGUGACGGCUCAGUUUUUUGACCCAUUGUAUGCUGGAACCAAGUAUGAACUAGGAGAUGCUUUGUACUUAGGCUGGGCUGGAUCUAUUCUGUAUAUGCUUGGCGGGAUCUUCCUGACCUGUUCGUGCAAAGGGAAGAAAAGAGAGAAAUACAGUGGCAGCAAAUACGGGUAUUCUGUAGGCCAGGCAGCUCCUCAGAAGCACAUUUACACCAAAAACUCUGAGACAGUCACAAGCACCAAGGAGUAUGUCUAAACUUAGGUUUUUUUUUUUUUCAUUACUUGCAAUGUUAGUAGUUUAUGAACGCAAAUAAGAAAGUGAACUGGUUCCGAGCCGCAAGCUUUCAUCUUAAUCUGGAGCUGAUACACAUUUUAGUACUGCCUUCUGGGAAUGGUUUUUUAAAUGGAAAUAGGCUUCUACAGAAAAUGCUAUGAUGUGAAAUCCGGGAACAUGAAGAUUUCUGCAUGCUAAGAAGCCUGGUAAAAUUAAACCACAGUGUCCGGUAUAGCCUGACAAAUCAAGAGCAACGGGUUUAUAUUUUGGCUGACUCAAAAAUGUGGACCUGACGUGCUGUAGCUGACUGCAAGUUAGUAUGGCUCACUGUUAGGAAUGCAUUGUACUUUCAUUAAUGGUUUGCUAUUUUGGUUUAGCUGCUUUAGCUUUUGACACUAAAUAAGCCUUAUUCCACUGACUGACUGAAAUUGUUCUUUUGGUGAGCGGCAUCGUGGCCAUUAAUAAGAAUAUAGUAGAUAUACUCUGUGCUUGAAGUCUCACAUUAUACUGAAGUUCACAUUAUGUAUGAUAGUCUAGAUUUAUAAAUACUUUUAAAGAAAUCCCUGGGAAACAACCACUUGCCUCCAAACCUACAGAACUGCAGCAAACUCCUUGCUGGAUGGAAUACAGGUACCACAGAUGAUAAACGCUACAGAAAGACCCAAACACAGAGGCGAGUGGAGCAAGCGUCCGAUGAGAGUACGCCUUCAGAGAACUAAGAGGAUAGUCUAUUUCUAUUUUUUGAGAUUUGUUAAAAUAAUUUUGAUCAAGCUUUGACUUUGGAAACUGCUGUUGCACGUGACUGGUGUAAUUCAAGGGACUGCACAAUGGCUUUAGUCUCCAUCACUGUUCAGUCCUUAGAAUUUCUGUCUUAAACCAGCCUGCUGCUGGGGACGUGUAUUUUGCAUUAUGUAAGCACUUAGGCACUGCAGGUGAGCUAACUUUCCUUAAUAUCGACUCUCUGAGCAAUGGGGAAUGGAGUUGCACACUGGAGACUCACAGCUUUCAUUACGUGUCACUUUUAAAUCGCAACUGUAUUAAAACAGUUCAAAAAAACCA